AUGUUUGAAGGAUCACCCUGGAAAGGGUGAAAAACUCACCUUAUCCCUGAGUGGUACAUUUUCUUUUUCUCUUUGGAUGGAGUUGUUGGCUGGAACAACCGAUACACUUGGUUGUAUAUUGCUCUUAGACACUCAAGUCACUUCUUGUGGUGCAACUGUGAAAGUGAUGCAAACUGCUUGUUCAUGGAGAUGUUAGUCAGUAGAGAUCUUGCCCAUGUCAAGUUCCUAAACCUACAGAAUGACUAUUGUCUCUAUCUAGCUAGUCAUGCACGGAUGCAUCUUGGAAAGGAAUUCUUGAGUAGAAAUCUUCUUGUCUAAAUUUCUUCUAGCUAAAAGUCAACAUUUUGUAAAUUGCCACCUUUUCCCAUCUACGUAAUUAAUCUUUGUAAGAAAUUGCUUGGUCAAAAUUGGUUACUAUUUGGUCAACAUUUGCUGACUACUUUGUCUUUUUGUUAAUAUCUGGCUUUCUUUUGUAUAGCUAUCCUUUACUUAUCUGCUUUGUCUAUUUACGUCAAAUAAAUUUCGAUCCCUUUC